ACCCGGUAUAAGGGUGUAAGGCAAGCGAGCGCUCGAGAGUUAGCAGGAGGUGCGAGAUGAUGAGAGGACAUUAUCAAGCUCUUCAUUCGCUCAUACUAUUACCACCACCAAUCUUCUCAAUCCCAACAACAAUUCACACCAAUCUUAAGCCCUUCUUGAAGCAGCAGCUGACCGCCCACUUCAGAGUUGCUUGCUGUUCAGCUUCCCUCUUGCAGUCACAGCCACCAAGAGAGACAAGCGCAAGCGUCAAUAAGAACAACAAUAGGAGACGCCGCGCAAAGAGUCAUGGUAAUAAUGAUGAUGAUAAUGGGGAUUUCCUGGUGGUGAAUUUUUACAAGUUUGUGUUUGUUAAAGACCCGGAAGUGGAAGUUGCUAAACACCUCGCGUUCUUGGAGGAUCUCAACAUACAUGGCCGGAUAUAUUUGAAUGAACAAGGUAUUAAUGCACAGUACAGCGGGCCAUCAAAAGAUGCUCUUUCCUAUGUAGAAUGGUUAAAGAAAGAUGAACAAUUUUCUGAUAUACUGGUUCAGAUAUCUCCAGCUUUAAAUGGGCAUGCCUUUCCAAAACUGAAGCUGCGGUAUAAGCCCUCACUUGUACAGUUGGAAGGAGGUAUUUCACAUCUUCCUUUGCUUGACCCCUCAAUGCGUGCAACACCACUAGAACCAUCUGAAUGGAGAAAGAGAUUGGAAGCAGUAAAGGAUGGUGAUGAAGCAUCGAAUUCAAAUCUUAAUUCCAACUUGAUUCUAUUGGAUGUGAGAAACGGUUAUGAAUGGGAUAUUGGUCAUUUUGAUGGUGCAAAACGACCUGAUGUGGACUGCUUUAGGAGCACUUCAUUUGGGCAAUCUCAAAGUGAGUCAGCACCUUCCCUUUUUCAGGCUCUUGCUUCUGAUCCUUUAGCAAAAGUUGAUAAAGAAAAGACAGAUAUUUUAAUGUAUUGUACGGGAGGUAUACGCUGUGAUGUAUAUUCUACCAUCCUAAGACAAAGGGGUUUCCAAAAUUUGUACACUUUGAAGGGAGGUGUUUCUCACUAUCUUAAGAAUGAAGGUUCUGUAGAGUGGGUUGGGAAUUUGUUUGUGUUCGAUUCUCGACUUUCUCUCCCACCUGCAGCCUACAGGCCUGGAGCUAUGACGCAAGCUAGCAAGAUUGGACAAGUUUUUGAAAAUCUAUUUGCUACAUGCUAUAUAUGUGAUUCACAAAUUUCUGAGUUAAGGCAUCGAAACUGUGCAAAUCUUGACUGCAACCUUCUCUUUCUAUGCUGUUCUGGCUGCGUGAAGACUUUACAAGGAUGUUGCUGUUUAAAUUGCACUACUGCCCCUCGACUUAGACCGGUGCUUCCUGGACAUGAAAGAUACCAAAAAUGGCAUGUAUAUCGAGAUUCAGAACUGCAAACAAGCUGACAUUCUGGCCAUAUCCUUUAUGCAAUGUAGCAAAGUGGGCAAGUUUUUAGGUGUUCCUCUAGGGAGAAUCUACUAACUGGGACAAUGCAGCCUGUGGUUUUAACUGAUAAUUUUCAAAAUUUAUUUUUCUACCAAGAUAUUGGCAUGAUGAGGAGGAAAUAAUAUGACCUGCAUUGUGCAUUCAGCUUUCGGCACCUCCACAUUCUGGUAUAUGCAAAGAUGAAUGAUCUAGGCCAGACUGUUAUAUAGGAGAUUUUAAUUUGUAAGCUUUCAAAUGUAAUUCAGAGCUUGUAGACAAGGUAUCUGUUUGGUUUAGUUCAUAGGAACAUGAAAAAUAGAUUUCUUUGGACUUUUAAUGGCCUUCUGAUGCCUUUUUAUCAUACUUUUUUGGUAUUGAAAUGGUUACAUCGUCUCCCAUUUUCA